CCCUGCAUCCCUUACAUCCCGGCAUCCUUUACAUCCCUGCAACCCUUAUAUCUCUACAUUCCUCACAUCUCCGUACCGCUUUAAUCGCUCGAUGAUUCGGAUGUCGGAUCAGCCCCCUCUAGGGGCAAAAAAAGGAACUAAAGCUUGCUGAAAUUCUGGCCCUCUGGCGGCAAAAAUGCGAACUAAAUUUUCGAUGUCGAAUCAGCGCCAUCUGGUGUCAGAAAAGGGAACUAAAGCUUGCUGGAAUUUUGGCCCUCUGGCGGCAAAAAUGUGAACUAAAUUUUCGAUGUCGAAUCAGCGCCAUCUGGUGUCAGAAAAGGGAACUAAAGCUUGCUGGAAUUUUGGCCCUCUGGCGGCAAAAAUUUGAACUAAAUUUUCGAUGUCGAAUAAGCGCCCCCUUGUGGUGAAAUUUGGAACUAAAUUUGACAGUAUCUUUCACUCUCUGGUGCAGGAAUUUAAAAGAUGCAAGGAUGUAAGAUAUGCAGGGACAUAAAGGGCGCAAGUAUGUAAGGAACGGGGGAAUAUAAGAAUAGCAAGGUUGUAUGGGAUUCGGGGAUAUAAAGAAAGCAGGGAUAUAAAGAAUGCAGAGAUAUAAGAGAUGGAGGGAUGUAAAGGAUGCAAGGAUGUAAGAAAAGACGUAAGGGAUCCUGGAAUGUGGGAGAUAAUUAUAGAGAUGGCAGGUAGUGUGAGGCAAUUAGAAGAACGACAGCUUCCAGCUGAAGUAACAAGAAUGCAAUGGUCACCAAAAAUGGAUCUCUUAGCAAUUGCUAACAUAAAAGGAGAAGUUACAUUGCAUAGAUUAACAUGGCAAAGGGUUUGGCUAUUAAGCCCUCAAGAAGAAGCAGAUAGCGUAGUUAACUUAGCAUGGAGACCAGAUGGAAAAUUUCUUGCCGUGUGUUAUGAAACUUCCAAAGUAAUCUGUUUAGUGGAUAUUGAAAAUAAAAACAUUAUUCAGAGAACAAAGCUUGCAUUGCACAAUGAAAUCACAUGUAUGACAUGGCUACCGUUAACAAAUUUGGAAAACGAUACUGUGUUAAAUGGAAAUAAACCAAACAUACUGCCAACAGGAGAAUAUCUUCCACCUUUACCUAGUUUGAAUAGAAGUUUUGGACAAGAACCAGAACGCAAGGAAUUCUUGUCUCAAACUUUAGAUGUACUUUUUCUUGGAUUAGACAAUGGAAGCGUUGCAAUGUACGUAUUUGGAAUGUUCUAUUGUGGUACAAUUUCAGUUGGUCAAGAUAGAAUAUUAGAAAUUAGUGGUGGAUUUGGUAAACCAAUGUGGGUCACAUGGAAAGACAAUGGUGGCAUCAAAGCAUGUAGAUUAUGGUGUCCAUUGUUAGAGCAAAGCACAGCAUUUUUUAAGGUAGCACAAGCUCAAGCAAACAUAGAAUAUUUGAUGGAUUAUCUUUCACGUACAUUAAUGGCAAUCUCAGAAGCAUGGGAAACAAUUCUUCUUGAAAUGGAUGAAAAGCUCGCACGAUAUGCAGAAACAAAUCCACCUGGCGGGGUUGCUGCAGAUUUUUUAGAAUUAUUAAUGAUCGGUAUACCAACCCCAAACUUAGAAAGCUUUUUGUUACGAGAUUUGACCGAAAAAGGAUUAAAAAAAUUGGGACACAGUAUUGAAAUGUGCUACAGUAAUAUACAGAAAUUAGUCUUAAAAAAUUUAACAAAUGUUGGAAUGGCUUUAGUGUAUCAGCUGGCUGAAAUGAGAGGAAUGGUGAGAUUAGGUGGUCCAUAUGAAUUACUAGGAUUUGCCAAUGAAAGUAUUAUAACUAAUGCUCUUCAUGCAUCAGAAGCUUUCCUAGCAAAAUCAUCCGAAAUUCAACAAGUAAUAGAUCAUAGUAUGCGCGACUAUAAAGCGUUUUUCCGGUGGUUGUAUGUCGUAAUACUAAGAUUAACGGACGAAAGAAUACCGCCGGAAGUAAGUCGCGUUAGUCAACAAGAGCUAACAUUUAUUGCGGAAUUUCUACGUGGUUUUGAUAAAACUGAACCAGGUGUUGGAGGGAGGAAAGGAGUGAAUUUAGAAAAAUUAGGCCAAUAUUUACGACGUGAAAAUUUACAAACUUGUUUGACACCCGAAGGAAGCGAAUGGACAGCAAUGCUCAGUGAAAAUCAUUGUCUUCGUGAUCAUCCGCUUAUCAUAAAACAGGAUCUUAAUUUCUCCUUGUUACAAUCCCAUGCAAAAUUAAUUUCCGCGAUACAUAAUGUUUUCCGUGAGGCUUACCAAGGCUUAGUUGAACAUUUCACUGUCACCACUAUUGCUUUGACUCCGUCCGUAUCGUUUACAUCAUCCCAAAUUGCAACAAAUAAUGAUGGUUUACUUGUAGCUACAUGUGAUAUGGAUCAUAAAGUAUUACGAUUAUUUAGAAUUGAAUGUUCACAUACAGAGCCUAUCUCCCUCAACUUUAAAUUGGGUACAAUUGAUGUAGAUCAUAGAUCAGAAUCCUACUCUAAAGCUUGUAUAGAUGGGACUGUAAUUGAUUUACAGUUUUAUUCCCAGGAAUAUCUAAGUUUAUUGUUACUAAACAAACAUAAUCACGCAUCAUUUCUGAUACAAGUACCAUUAAAGUACCCUGAAAUUUUUGAAAAUCAAGAUAAAAAUGCAGUUAGUCUGGCUGACCUUAUAGGUAACAACUGGCCUCGACCUUUUCAAGGUAUUUCUGCUAGGCGAAUAGCAGUGAGUGGUGCGCGAAAAGUUGCCGCUAUUUUAAAUGAAAGCAAUAGAAAAAUAAGAUUAUUAGAAACUGAAGUUGAACCUGAAGAUGAGGAAGACGAAGUAGACGAAGAAGAUGGAGUUAACGAUAGUAUGUUGGAUACCACGCAUGAAAAACCUACAACUAGCUCUCAAUAAAACCAUAAAAGU